AUCUAGUGAUGUUUCUGAUAUUGUUUUUAUUAGUUGCAAUGUGUUAAUUGCAAAGAGGAAAAAAAGGAAAUUUGCAUUUUUGUUAAUAUCAGUUUUCUGUGAAUUCUUGUUUGUAUAAAGAUACCUCUUUUAUCCAAUUUUAAUAAGUGUUGUUGGCUGGAUAUCUGUACUUUUACAUUGGAUUUAAUCUGAUAAUUUUGUUUUAUAUCAUAAAUAUCUUGUGGGGUUUUUCCCUUUUCUAUUUUUUUUUUUUUGCUUAAAUGCUAAAGUCGGUUAUAUUGUUUUGUAGUACCCUUUUUUGCUAUUGAAUCUUAAAGGGUCUUCGAAAAGAACGUUUUAGUGCUGUUUUCUGAGGAUUUUAGUGUUCUUGAGGAUAAUUCACUGUCCUUUGGAUCUAAAUGGCUAAAGAUAUUAGUAAUGCUGAAUCAGCUAAUCGGAGAGCUGGUCUCUUAAAGGACCAGGUUCGACUAGUCAAGAGAAAGAACUGUGAUCGAUAUGAAAUCGUCUCGAUACCUGAUAACUUGUCAUUUGAGAAAGGCUUCUUUGUUGUAAUCCGUGCAUGCCAAUUGUUGGUUUCAAAGAAUGAAGGAUUGAUAAUAAUUGGUGUUGCUGGUCCCUCCGGAGCAGGAAAGACUAUAUUUACUGAGAAAAUACUUAGCUUCAUGCCAAGUGUUGCAGUUAUCUCAAUGGAUAAUUACAAUGAUGCUAGUCGAAUAGUUGAUGGAAACUUCGAUGAUCCACGACUUACAGACUAUGAUACAUUGCUGAAAAACAUCAGUGAUCUAAAGGCCGGGAAGCCGGCUGAGGUUCCAAUAUAUGAUUUCAAAUCUAGCUCUCGCGUAGGAUUCAGGACUCUUGAAGUACCUACCUCCCGCAUUUUGAUUAUUGAAGGUAUCUAUGCAUUGAGUGAAAAGUUGCGACCUUCGCUGGAUCUUCGUGUAUCUGUGACAGGUGGAGUUCACUUUGAUCUUGUAAAAAGGGUUUUACGGGAUAUACAACGUGCCGGGCAGGAACCCUCAGAGAUAAUCCAUCAAAUAUCUGAAACGGUUUAUCCAAUGUACAAGGCUUUUAUUGAACCUGAUCUCAAGACUGCACAUAUAAAAAUUAUCAACAAAUUUAAUCCGUUUACUGGAUUUCAGAGUCCUACAUACAUUCUUAAGUCUUCUAGGAAUGUGGAAGUCGAUCUAAUCAAGUCUGCCUUAUCUGAAGAACACACUGAAAGUACGGAGCAAACUUACGACAUAUACCUUCUGCCACCUGGUGAAGAUCCAGAGACAUGCCAAUCAUAUCUGAGGAUGAGGAAUAAAGAUGGAAAAUACAGUCUCAUGUUUGAGGAGUGGGUCACUGAUUCUCCAUUUGUCAUAUCUCCGAGAAUCAGUUUUGAAGUUAGUGUGAAGCUUCUUGGUGGAUUGAUGGCUUUGGGAUACACAAUUGCAGCAAUACUCAAAAGAAGUAGUCACGUAUUUUCUGAUGAAAAGGUCUGCGUGAAAAUUGAUUGGCUAGAACAACUGAACCGGCAUUAUGUUCAGGUCCAAGGAAGAGAUCGCCUUAUUGUAAAAUUUGUUGCUGAUAAGCUGGGACUGGAGGGUUCAUACACUCCACGUACAUAUAUUGAGCAAAUACAGCUAGAGAAGCUUGUGAAUGAAGUAAUGGCACUACCAGAUGAUUUGAAAACAAAGCUUAGCUUAGAUGAAGAUCUUGUCUCCAGCCCAAAAGAAGCUCUCUCUCGAGCCUCAGUAGAUAGGGUAGCAUGGCGAAAUAAGAAUUUAAGAAGUGGUUUGUCCCAUUCGUACGCAAAUCACAGAGAGAGAAAUCUAUCCAAGAUUGAUACUGAUAGUCAGAGGUUUGAUGACAGAAACACUGAUUCAGCAGCAACAUUAGCAAACCAGGGAGCUGUUACACAUUUAUCGGAACAAAUUUCUACCUUGAAUGAUCGGAUGGAUGACUUCACAUCUAGAAUGGAAGAACUUAAUUCCAAGUUAAGCAGCAAAAGAGCUUCUCCGAGCACACAAAGUCUGGCUUUGCAAGCUGAAGCUUGUAAUGGAUCCGGCCCAACUUCUUACUUCAUAUCUGGUUUAGAAAAUGGUUCCUUGACAGGAUCCAUCAUGCCAAAUUCGUCAUCCUCCUCUUCGCUAAUCCCAAAGGAGUCUACUCUGAUGGAAGAGCUAUCCAAUGUUUCACGUGGACAACGCCAAAUUAUGCAUCAGUUGGACAGUCUUAGCAAUCUACUCCGCGACAGACUGGGAGAACAAUCACGGCAAGCAAGAACAGGCAAGAGAAGAGAUAUUCGUGAUAUUGAUAUUGAUUCGAUCAAAGUACCUCUCACUGUAACCUUAGUAGUUGGUGGAUUGGGGUUCUUUCUAUUUAAGAGCCUACAAAACCGAAACUGAUUCUUCUUCCUAAUGUAAAACCUAUGCAUCAUUGCUUAAAAACUAUGCAUCAUUGCUCCUUUA